GUUCACUGCGAAAACAAUCUCAGCUUCUCAGGUUUAAGCAUAGGAAAUAAGAGAAACAAUGCUGAUUCAGUUGCCUCGUUUGACGAAUUCUUUGAGGCAUCCCUACGAUGUCGAUCAGGCCUAUCUGCAACGCAGAAUCAUUCUCCAAAAUCAGAAACCUCACAAACCUGGAAACUCGCUCGAUGAUUCAGAACUCGCGAAGAAGAUAGUUCGUCGAUGGGGAGAAGCCUCUAAUGAAGUGCGCCAAGCAUACAAACAAUUUAUUGGUGCGGUUUUGGAGUUGAUUGAUGGAGAAGUGGUCUCAGAAGAAUUUCGAGAAUUGGCGAGUACCGCUUAUGUUCUCUUCAGCAAUCCAGGAGAAGAUUGGGAUGAUAUUAGUAGGAUUACCGUGAAGAAGGAAGAAUUGCAGCAACUUCUUGGAUACACUGUUUCAGAUAUUAAUAUACGGAACGUUGCUACAAUGACUCAAAGGCUUUCUGCUUUGCAGCCUUGUGAACAAGAGAUUGAAAGGGAAAUGGAUAAAAAUUUGAUCGAAUUUGGCUCUGACCUUGUUUUCAAUGCACCAGCUCGGUUUCUGGUUGAUGUACCUUCGGAGAAUGGGGAGUUGCUAGAUUACGAACUUCCUUCUACUUCUAGUUCAGUUCCUGAGGAAUGGCAUGAUAACAAUGAAUCUACAUAUCCUCAUUCUCGAGUUGAUAGGGGAACUAUGAAUUUAAGAUGGUUAAGGGACGCAUGUGAGCAUAUAGUAAGGGGAUAUUCUUCACAGCUUUCUGUUGAUGAACUUGCAAUGGCGCUUUGCCGGGUGCUUGAUUCAGACAAGCCUGGUGAUGAGAUAGCUGGCGACUUAUUGGACCUUGUUGGGGAUAGUGCCUUUGAAACAGUUCAAGAUCUCCUGUUGCAUCGAAAGGAACUUGUUGAUGCCAUCCAUCAUGGGUUGCUUAUGCAAAAAUCUGAGAAGUCAACCUCAAAUCUUCAACCCCGGAUGCCUAGCUAUGGGACUCAGGUCACAAUUCAAACUGAAUCCGAGAAGCAAAUUGAUAAGCUUCGGCGCAAAGAGGAAAAACGGCAUAGGCGUGGGUCAGAACAUGGGACUGAGAAUGACUUAUCUGUGGGAGAUUUUUCUUCUUUACUCAAAGCAAGUGAGAAAAAAAGUCCUUUUGAUGAUUUGGUUGGAAGUGGUGAAUCCUUGUCAGUUACUUCUCUUCCUGAGGGAACUGUGAGGAAGCACUGUAAGGGGUAUCUGGAAGUCCGUAUUCCUCCUACACCAACAGCACCAAUGAAACCUGGGGAGAAACUGAUUGAGAUAAAAGAGUUAGAUGACUUUGCUCAGGCUGCUUUCCAUGGUUACAAAUCUCUGAACCGGGUUCAGAGCCGGAUAUUCCAAGCAACUUAUCACACUAAUGAGAAUAUACUGGUUUGUGCUCCAACGGGAGCUGGCAAGACAAAUAUAGCUAUGAUUGCCAUUCUGCAUGAGAUUGGGCAGCACUUUAAGGAUGGGUUUUUACAUAAAGAUGAAUUUAAAAUAGUUUAUGUUGCUCCUAUGAAGGCACUCGCUGCUGAGGUCACAUCGACAUUUAGCCAUCGUUUAUCUCCGUUGAAUUUGGCUGUGAGAGAGCUUACUGGAGAUAUGCAACUUUCUAGGAAAGAACUAGAGGAAACUCAGAUGAUAGUUACAACUCCAGAGAAAUGGGAUGUGAUCACUCGCAAAAGCAGUGAUAUGUCGCUGUCGAUGCUAGUGAAACUAUUGAUUAUUGAUGAGGUACAUCUGUUGAAUGAUGACAGAGGCCCCGUGAUAGAGGCAUUGGUUGCUCGGACCCUCCGCCAGGUUGAGUCAACACAGACUAUGAUACGCAUUGUGGGCUUGUCAGCUACUCUACCCAAUUAUUUGGAGGUAGCACAAUUUUUGAGGGUGAAUCCUGAAGCGGGACUCUUCUUCUUCGAUUCUAGCUACCGUCCAGUACCUCUUGCACAGCAGUAUAUUGGAAUCAGUGAGCAGAAUUACGCUGCUCGUAACCAGCUACUCAAUACGAUAUGUUAUACUAAGGUUAUUGAUUCAUUGAAGCAAGGCCAUCAGGCAAUGGUUUUUGUUCAUUCAAGAAAGGACACAGUAAAAACAGCAAGGACACUGAUUGAAAUUGCCCAAAAAGAGGGUGAAUUGGAAUUACUUAGCACUGAUACACAUCCACAGUUUCAACUUGUGAAGAAAGAAGUGCAGAAAUCCCGAAACAAAGAAGUUGUUGAAUUUUUUGAAUCUGGGGUUGGUAUUCACCAUGCAGGGAUGUUACGUGGUGACAGAGGCCUGACUGAGCGCCUUUUCUCUGAUGGUCUCCUGAAGGUUCUUGUUUGCACGGCAACUUUGGCAUGGGGAGUAAAUCUACCAGCCCAUACAGUCGUCAUAAAGGGGACGCAAUUGUAUGACCCAAAGGCUGGUGGAUGGCGAGACCUAGGAAUGCUUGAUGUAAUGCAGAUCUUUGGAAGAGCUGGGAGACCUCAGUUCGAUAAAAGUGGUGAAGGCAUUAUCAUCACUUCACAUGACAAGCUGGCCUACUAUUUGCGGCUGCUGACGAGUCAACUACCCAUAGAAAGUCAGUUAAUUAGCUCUUUGAAGGAUAAUUUGAAUGCAGAGGUUGCAUUGGGUACUGUCACGAAUGUUAAGGAAGCUUGUGCUUGGCUUGGCUAUACAUAUCUUUUCAUCAGGAUGAAGUCAAAUCCUUUGGCAUAUGGAAUAGGAUGGGAUGAGGUCAUUGCAGAUCCCUCUUUAAUAUCAAAGCAGAGAGCACUUGUAAUUGAUGCUGCACGUGCACUUGACAAAGCAAAAAUGAUGCGGUUUGAUGAGAAAAGUGGCAAUUUCUACUGUACUGAGCUUGGCCGCAUUGCUAGCCAUUAUUAUAUUCAGUACUCCAGUGUUGAAACUUACAAUGAAAUGCUAAGGCGUCACAUGAAUGACAGUGAGGUAAUUAAUAUGGUUGCUCAUUCUGCUGAGUUUGAAAAUAUUGUUGUAAGAGAAGAGGAGCAGGAUGAGCUAGAAAAGUUAAUUCGUACCUCAUGUCCACUAGAAGUUAAGGGUGGUCCUUCGAAUAAACAUGGAAAAAUUUCAAUCCUCAUUCAGUUAUACAUAUCACGAGGAUCGAUCGAGAGCUUCUCUUUAAUUUCUGAUGCAGCAUAUAUAAGUGCAAACUUGGCCCGCAUAAUGCGGGCUUUAUUUGAAAUUUGUCUGCGGAGAGGGUGGUGUGAGAUGGCUUCUUUCAUGUUGGAAUACUGCAAAGCUGUGGACCGCCAAAUUUGGCCACAUCAACAUCCCCUCAGACAGUUUGAUAGGGAUCUUUCAGCUGAAAUACUGAGGAAGCUUGAAGAACGAGGAGCUGACUUGGAUCGCCUUAUGGAAAUGGAGGAAAAAGAAAUUGGAGCGCUAGUUCGCUAUGCACCUGCUGGAAAAUUGGUAAAGCAAUAUUUGGUAUAUUUCCCAUGGCUCAAUUUGUCAGCAAAUGUAAGUCCGAUCACAAGAACUGUUCUUAAGGUGGAUUUGCUUAUAAAGCCAGACUUCAUUUGGAAGGAUCGCUUUCAUGGUGCUUCUCUACAUUGGUGGAUUCUUGUUGAGGAUUCUGAGAAUGAUCAUAUCUAUCAUUCAGAGUUCUUCACAUUAACAAAGCGGAUGGCAGCAGGAGAAUCACAAAAGCUUUCUUUCACUGUUCCUAUUUUUGAACCACAUCCACCUCAGUACUACAUUCGUGCUGUUUCUGAUUCUUGGUUGUAUGCUGAAGCUUUUCACACCAUCUCUUUCCAAAAUCUAGCCUUGCCAGACGCUUAUACAUCCCACACUGAACUUCUUGAUUUAAAGCCUCUUCCUGUGACUGCACUUGGCAAUAGGGCUUACGAGGACUUGUAUAAGUUUUCACACUUCAAUCCAAUUCAGACCCAGACUUUCCAUGUCCUUUAUCACACAGAGAACAAUGUUCUCUUGGGAGCUCCAACAGGAAGUGGUAAAACUAUAUCAGCUGAACUUGCAAUGCUUCAUCUUUUCAAUAAUCAGCCAGAUAUGAAGGUUAUCUACAUAGCACCUUUGAAGGCCAUUGUUCGGGAAAGAAUGAAUGAUUGGAGAAAGCGUCUUGUUUCUCAGCUUGGAAAAAAGAUGGUUGAAAUGACUGGGGAUUUUACUCCGGAUUUAAUGGCACUGUUAUCAGCAGAUAUCAUAAUUUCUACUCCUGAGAAGUGGGAUGGUAUUAGUCGUAAUUGGCAUAGUCGAAGCUAUGUAAUGAAGGUUGGGCUUCUGAUAUUGGAUGAGAUUCACUUACUUGGGGCUGAUCGUGGACCCAUUCUUGAGGUUAUUGUCUCCAGAAUAAGAUAUAUAUCAUCCCAAACAGAGCGUGCCGUGCGAUUUGUAGGCCUCUCAACAGCAUUAGCAAAUGCACGUGAUUUAGCUGAUUGGUUGGGUGUUGGAGACAUUGGACUAUUCAAUUUCAAGCCUAGCGUGAGGCCUGUACCUCUUGAAGUUCACAUCCAGGGAUACCCUGGGAAGUUCUACUGCCCAAGAAUGAAUAGUAUGAAUAAACCUGCAUAUGCUGCGAUAUGUACCCAUUCACCUACGAAACCAGUUCUUAUUUUUGUUUCAUCUCGUCGCCAAACAAGGCUUACUGCGCUAGACCUCAUUCAGUUUGCAGCUUCAGAUGAACAUUCUAGGCAGUUCCUUCAUAUGCCAGAAGAUGCAUUGCAGAUGGUACUUUCUCAGGUCACUGAUCAGAACCUAUGGCAUACUUUACAAUUUGGAAUUGGAUUGCACCAUGCAGGAUUGAAUGAUAAAGAUAGAUCUCUUGUUGAGGAACUUUUUGCAAAUAACAAGAUCCAGGUUCUGGUAUGCACCAGCACAUUAGCAUGGGGUGUUAAUCUUCCAGCUCAUCUGGUUAUUAUCAAGGGAACUGAAUAUUAUGAUGGGAAGGCAAAAAGAUACGUCGAUUUUCCCAUUACAGAUAUCUUGCAAAUGAUGGGACGUGCUGGGCGACCACAGUAUGACCAACAUGGAAAAGCAGCAAUUCUUGUGCAUGAACCCAAAAAGAGCUUCUACAAGAAGUUUCUUUACGAACCGUUCCCAGUUGAGAGUAGUCUGAGGGAGCACUUGCACGAUCACAUUAAUGCAGAGAUUGUUUCAGGGACAAUUUGCCACAAGGAGGAUGCCGUGCAUUAUCUCACGUGGACUUACUUGUUUCGCCGAUUGGUUGUUAAUCCAGCCUACUAUGGAUUAGAGGAUACAGAAACCAGAACUUUGAAUUCAUACUUGUCAAGCUUGGUGCAAAACACUUUUGAGGAUCUGGAGGAUAGUGGAUGCAUCAAGAUAGAUGAAGACAGUGUUGAGCCCCUAAUGUUGGGCUCUAUAGCAUCUCAGUAUUACCUUAGUUACCUGACUGUAUCAAUGUUUGGUUCAAACAUAGGCCCGGAUACAUCACUUGAAGUUUUCCUGCUUAUACUCUCUGGUGCUUCUGAGUACAAUGAACUUCCUGUCCGGCAUAAUGAGGAAAACUAUAAUGAAGCAUUAUCAGAGAAAGUUCGAUAUCUGGUGGAUAAGAAUCGCCUAGACGAUCCACAUGUUAAAGCAAAUAUUCUAUUUCAGGCACACUUCUCACAGUUAGAAUUGCCAAUCAGUGACUAUGUUACUGACUUAAAGUCAGUGUUGGAUCAAAGCAUACGUAUCAUUCAAGCUAUGAUAGAUAUUUGUGCUAACAGUGGAUGGCUUGCAAGUGCAUUAACUUGUAUGCAUCUUUUGCAGAUGGUCAUGCAGGGUUUAUGGUUUGAUCAGGAUUCUUCUCUAUGGAUGUUGCCAUGCAUGAAUGCUGGUCUUGCAAGUACUCUUUCCAAAGAAGGUAUUUCAAAUGUGCAGCAACUAUUGGAUCUUCCUGAGGCAACUUUGCAGGUUCUAGUUGAAAAUUUCCCUGCUUCACGGUUAUAUCAGGAUCUGCAGCUUUUCCCACGUGUGAAAGUGAGUUUGAAGCUUAAGAGAAGAGACUCGGAGGAUGCAAAGCAUGUCAUCCUCAACAUUAAAUUGGUGAAAACAAAUUCUAAAUACACAACAUCAAGAGCAUUUGCUCCUCGAUUCCCAAAGCUAAAAGAGGAAGCAUGGUGGUUGGUUCUUGGGAACGUAUCGACAUUUGAACUGUAUGCACUGAAGAGAGUUUCCUUCUCUGGCAGCUUGGUCACUCACAUGGAUUUACCAUCAACAGCUAUUAAUCUCCCGGUAAGUAUAUGCUUCUCCUUUCCUUCUCAUACAUUUUAUUGUUGGCUUGCUUUAUUGAUUUAAAGACUAUGGUGUCAAAUAGUUUUUCCUGAUCUUGCUGUU